GGGGAAGUGCAGGGAAGUGAGAGCGACACCGCGGAGCCAGAGCCAGAGGAGCAGAGCCAGAGGAGCAGAGCCAGAUGAGCAGAUGAGCGCUCCUAGGUCCCAGUAGCCGCUGUUCCACCUGUCAGCCCCUGUGAUCGGACACACUUACACCCACCAGCCCCACUCUCCGCGGGCUUUUCCCACCGUCCAACCCUCUGUUUUUACGAGGUUUGAGCCGCCGCACACAUUACCUCAGUGCCCAGAGGAGGGACCACAGCGUACCAUGGCAAGUAGAGGCGGAGCCACACGACCCAACGGGCCAAACGCGGGCAACAAAAUCUGCCAGUUCAAACUGGUGCUUUUAGGGGAGUCUGCUGUGGGGAAGUCCAGUCUGGUCCUGCGCUUUGUCAAAGGACAGUUCCAUGAAUUCCAGGAGAGCACAAUUGGAGCCGCCUUCCUCACUCAGACGGUGUGUUUGGACGACACGACGGUGAAGUUUGAGAUCUGGGACACAGCAGGACAGGAGCGCUACCACAGCCUGGCCCCCAUGUACUACAGGGGGGCCCAGGCUGCCAUCGUGGUCUAUGACAUCACUAAUGAGGAGUCUUUUGUACGGGCAAAGAACUGGGUGAAGGAGCUCCAGAGACAAGCCAGUCCCAACAUUGUAAUAGCACUGGCAGGGAACAAGGCAGAUCUGGCCAGCAAGAGGGCGCUCGACUUCCAGGAUGCACAGUCAUACGCAGACGACAACAGCCUGCUUUUUAUGGAGACAUCCGCCAAGACCUCCAUGAACGUCAAUGAGAUUUUCAUGGCGAUUGCCAAGAAGCUCCCCAAGAACGAGCCUCAAGCUGCUGGAGCCAACAGCGGUCGCAACAGAGGAGUGGACCUGACAGAGACAGCCCAGCCCAGCAGCCGCCCCUGCUGCAGUAACUAACCUGUACCCCCCCACCAUCACCUCCACCACCUCCACCACAACCACCACAACCACACGUCUGCCCCGGAUCUCCCCCGGGUCUGCCCCCGGACAUCCCCUCUCCGCUGGGCCUCCUUCUCUCCGGACCCCCCUCACUCCCAGGAAUAGCUAAAAGACUCUGUAGAGCUGCAUUUCUAAUCCCUCUUUCGGUUGACGUUGUUUUAUUUUGUACCUUUUUUAAGACGUGUAUAUCAGUAUAAAGGAUGCAUGUAUCACUACACACAUUUGUAUGUCCUGAGCUGGUGACUAACUGAGCGCGUGGCUGUGUGAAUGAAAGGCUGAAUGUUAGGCUGAGUUCACAGGGUGCCUGGAUGUGAGAGACGCUGUCCGCUCCAUGUACAGACUAUUGUCACAUACAAAACAAACUGGACGCCAACACUCUCCCUGCAUUAAGUCAACUUUACACUGGCACCAAUACUUUACUAGUCAUUAUUAUGUUGUCAAUAGACUUUCUUUCAUUUAAAUAAGGUCUUGUACUUAAAAAAAAAAAGAAAAGAAAAAUCAUGUUUUUUUUUCAUAAACAUAACGUUUCAUAAACAUAACUAUCAAUCUGAAAACAGGAGUUAAAGGUGCACUGUGUAACUUUUAAGUGGAGAGUCUGCCAUGUCACUGCAUUGCCCGGAAUGUUCCAUAAUACGCAAUCAAACUUCUCCAUCUUGUGCUUAUUCAAGUAUUGUUUUUUAAGUUUUUAUUGCUCAAAAGUACAUGGAAAGACAUCAUCUUACUCUGAACAGGGUCACCUUUUCACAGAUCGGACUUGUAACUUAACCUGGUGUCACCUGUUGUCUCCAUGGUGAUAUGCUUAAUCUCAUUUCUAUGGAACAUUUCAGACAUUUCCAAGGAGACAAUAACAUGACGGACCCUCCACUUCAGUUACACACUCCACCUUUAACUGUACCAAUCCCAGCAAUAAACCUAAAUCUGCGAUAUUCUAGCGUCAAAAUGGAGGACCGUUCUCUUACUGUCAAGUUUUGAAAUAAAAAAAACAAAAAACAUUUUAGUCAAGAGAACAGACAGUUCACUGACUUAACAAAAAAAAAAAAAUCAAAAAGAAGAUUCAGAUUAUAUAGAAAAUUCAUUUGUUACUGGAUGGUUGCCUCAAAGAAAAGUGCUAUUUAAAACUGGAAUUUUAACAACUAAGUAAAACAGAAUUUGGCUGUUAAAAUUCCAACUAUUUUAAAAGAAAUAUUCAAACGUCUAUAAUCCACAAAUGAACUAAAGAUGGGUACUGUAGAUUGAAAUGCAGAAAUGUAUGUUAACAAAAUGAUCUACAAUUACAAUUUUACCAAGUAGAAAAUUUUCCAUUAUGUUAUUUUAAAGUGCAAUGUUGUGUUGUUUUUUUUACGGUGGCCCAGAUGGACAAGUCAAAACACUACAAUACAAGGAAAACACGAUUGUAAAUUGUACUAAAAAAUGAAUUAAAGAAAUAAAUGUUUUGUUUUAAAGCCAAUUUAUAAGGAAAUCGUAUUAAUACAUUUGUGACAUGUUUCUUAUUCCCUACUUGACAUUAGCUGUUAAAAUGUGUUUUAUUGGUGACUGGCUCUUAGCAUACAGUUUUGUGGAGGUUUUUUCUAUACAAAUGAGAAAUCGUGACAGAAUUAAAAAAUGUAAAUUGCAUUACAGUUCGAAUCAAACUAAUUUCAUCCCAUUUUGCAAUUUACAAUUUUGUUUUAACAUUUAAGCUACCCUUUAUACAUUAUAUUUGUGAAUAAUUUGCACAUUUAUUACAUGUGUUAUUUUUUCUCCCCCUGUAUCUUGUCUUUCAGGGCCACCAUGCUUUUCCCCUGUCUUAGUAUAGAGUUGUUAAGUGUGAUGUCACUUCUGGGUCCAAGGUGCAUCAGCUGAUUGAAAAUAUUGGACAUGUUUACAAUUUUUUUUUGCAUUAAAGAGAGGGUAUUAUGCAAAAUGUAUACCAUGUUAUAACAUUGUUCCCUCAUCACAAAUCUGAAGAGGUCUUAUGUCAUCCAUGUUUGAUUAUUUUAGCGUUCUCUCUCGGACCCAAUCUGAACCCUCCUUACGGUUAGCUGUAAGAUUCUGUGCAACGCUCCGCCCUCCAGCCUACGUCACCCACGCUCCCACACGACAAUUCUCCAUAAAUAUACAAAAACAUGACACAAAACUAUACACUACAUCUUCACAAACCUGAUGCGGCGUGCAGUACUAUAAUUUCAUUAGCGGGGCGUUCACCGAUUGUGCUGUGAUAUCGCUCUGAAGGGGGAGUGACUUAACGCAGACAGCAAAGGGAGGGUAGACUUGGCGCGUCAAAAACAAAAGUUAAACUAAUAAAACAUCUAAAUAUGUUAUGUGUUAGCAGGUAAUACCCUAUAGAAGCAAAAUACCCCCUCUUUAAGACAGAAUUGUUGUCAUUUACCGCUAGCAAGGUUAUAAGUGUGACAGAAAGUGUAUGAGUUUGCGAUAAGAGGCUAGGCUAAUAUAGCGCUAGCAUUAAAUAUAAUAUGUAAUUAUGAGAUUAUUUACAUAUCUAAUACAGUUUGUGGUUAAAGGGUAACUGUCUUUUGUUUGAUGAAUAAGGAACAAAAACAAAGCCCGAAAUCAGCUAUGAAGUCGCUGAUUAGACCCGGAAGUGACAUCAUCUUUUAACAAUCGCAUAAAAGUCUAGAAAAGCUGUACAGUUUUGGAAUCUUGUUAUCUUUGGGUUUUUUUCUAAAUGGGCCAAAUAUCAAACUGUUUUCUUCUUUUCUGUGAUUGAUGUGGAAGUCCAUGUGUCUGCGUGGAACCUUCUCUGGGCACAGUGUUGAUCCUUCAGGCCCUGUUUGGAGGACGGACUUUUCUUUGGGACUUGCUAACCUGGCUACGCUUCAGCAGGUAGCAGCAUUAAGCUAACGGUGUCUCUGUACAGCUGAAUGAAUUAUGUGUAAUGUGUCCUCCAGCAUUACCAGUGAUGGGCUGAGCAGUUUGGAGUGUCUGAUACAAAUAAAUCGAUUCAAUAAAGA